AUGUGUGAUUUGCCGCAGCCACCUGACACAUGUUCUGCUAGUCAGACAACGCGACCGGCGACCAUCUUGUCGACCGAAAGCAUCCGGCAGGUCAGCAUUUUCGUCCACACUCUUGGCAGCUCUUCUUCUCGUCGCUGCGUGGCCGGUCUGUCGGUUUCCACUCGUUUGCAUCCGGCCAAUCAGAAGAGCAGUUUCGCUGCUGAGAGCUGUAUCAGUGGACGUCUGGAUCGGGCUACACAAAUGCAGAGAUCUUGUUCAAUUGGCGAACUCAUGAACCCAUUUUAUUCUCCUUGUCAAGCAAUGCCAACUCUUGUCGAAUGCGUCAUAAUCGCGAAAAGUGUCUUUCUGUACAACGGUUACAAGCCCUAA